AUGUGGCUCUUUUUGGGUCUGGGUCUGCUGGUUUGCAUAAAAGCAGAAGGUAGGAGAAAACUUUUAUUUGUUUUAUCUUUUUUGGAGAGACAGAUGCUACAGAUGUUCAACUGUAACAUAUCAAACAUGUGAAAUAUUCAGCUCACGCCUUUUCCUAUACGCAUCCUGGUGCUCCACGGGUGAAAAAAAUCACAGUUGCUUUUCGCGCUGCGGGAGUUCGUAGCCGGGGUUCAAGAACAGGUGUGCUGUAAAUCUAUCCUACCUGUCGAGAUGUCCUACCAUACCACACUGCGCAUGCGUACUAGUCCAACACCUGAUUUCGAGGGCAACAUCUACGAAAGUCAUUUUAAUGCUUACCUUGUCCGAAUAUAAGGCAAGUGCUAAAAUAACUUUCGUAGAUGUAGCCAUCUUGUUUUUCUUUUUUUGCUUUUUUCCGACUUCGUAACUGAAACACUGGGAACUCGAGUGUGACUUCUUUUUUAGCUCCGACAUCUGAUUUCCAAGCUAACUCAAACGCAGCAUAUGUCUGGUGUGGAAGCUUGCUUUCGCCCUGGUGUGUAAUGACCUUAAGUUUCUUCAUCCUAUAAUUUCCUCUUUUUUGUUUACAUGCUGCUGUAAUUUGGAAUUUCCCCCGUGGGACUAAUAAAGGAAUAUCUCAUCGUACCUUGAAAGUUAAAGCAGCUGGAAUCAGGCAGGUCUGCUGUAGUGAUCCAGGGUAACCAGCAGGAGGAGAAAGCUCAGGGACUCCCAGAACAAACUGACUUUAAUGGGACAUGAUGAUUAGCUAGCUAACAAUUUCUUUUGGACAAACUGCACUAUGUCUUACUUUGCACAUCUGGGACAUAAACCUUUGAGGUGGUAAUUUUAUUAUUUUCAACCCUCUGUCUUCACCCUGACAGAUGAAGUUACAAUUUGUUCCUUUUCCAAUCAUAUCGAAUCAUAAAUCCUCACCAGGAGGUGGCUAAAUGCUAACGUUAGCUAUGAUGUAAACUGUUACCUGGGUCAUUCCAUGUCAGUUCAACCAAGAAUCGCCACUUACGUCACAGAUUUUGAUGAAAUUUGGUGGAGUGAUUGGCCUUCAGGAGAAACUAUCAGAGCUCAAAUAUUUUUGUUCAAAGCCAUCUAAUUAGUGAGAUAGGGGCUAAUGAAUUUUUGGCUAACUAGCAUGACAUGCGUUACAAAAGUGUUCAUAUCUCUGGAAGUAUGGCACCUAGAGAGCUGAUUCGGGUGUCAUUUUAAAGCUCUCUUCAAGUUCUAUCUUUUUGUUCAUAACAUUUUUUUCCAAAAUUGGACCAGAAAAAUUAUAAAAGACCAAAAACUUAAAUUGGAAAUAGCAAAAAACGUGCGUCCUUCAAUUUUCUUCAUAUUCACACUUAAGAAAGACUAUCUGAGCCCUUUCAACGUUUCCUUUAUACUUCAAAAGUACUUUUAGCAUACUUUUGAAGUACUUUUGAGAGAGAACUUGAAGAGAGCUUUAAAAUGACACCUGAAUCAGCUCUCUAGGUUCCAUACUUCCAGAGAUAUGAACACUUUUGUAACGCAUGUCAUGCUAGUUAGCCAAAAAUUCAUUAGCCCCUAUCUCACUAAUUAGACGGCUUUGAACAAAAAAAAUUGAGAUCUGACAGUUUCUCCUGAGGGCCAAUCACUCCACCAAAUUUCAUCAAAAUCUGUGACGUGAGUGGUGAUUCUUGGUUGAAUUGACAUGGAAUGACCCACCUGUUUCUUAAAUUAAGAGGUCUAACAAACAAAUUCCAAAGAUUAUGGACAUCAAAUAUAUGAGAUGUCUGGAGGGAAUAUUAGGCAAGAUGACUUUUAACAGGAUUGUACAGCAGGACAUAUUAAUUCAAGUGUCUUGACAGCAAAGUUGGUUGAAACACAUCUAACAUUCACAGAUCUGUAGCAGCAUGAUGAGCGAGGGAACCUGACUGUUUGCAACUCAACAUUGUCAUUGAUACAGAAAGUAUAACCGCAGACAGUUUUCUAUUUAGAGUCCAGCUGUCACGAACCAUGUAGGUGAUUCUGAAAUGUAUCCGUUUCUUUUGCAGUGACUCCAGUGUUUGUGCACACUGGACAGGAUCUAUUCCUGGACGUCCAAAAACCUGUGACUCUGGAACAGGACGAUCUUCUUAUAUGGAGCUUCAGUGACAGGAAAGAUGUUGCACGACUCCGGGACAGUGGUAAAACAGAGAUAAUCAAGGAUUAUUACGGCAGAGCUGAAUUAUGUCCUCAGAAACAGUCUCUACUGUUAAGGAAUGUGACGAAGAGUGACAGUGGAGUUUACAAGGCCUUCAUUUACGGAUACAACCCUAAACAUGUAGCUGAAUAUAAUGUCACAGUCCUGGGUAAGAUUCUGAGUACGUUUCUGAACAAUUCAAACGUCAAAUUGAAGUUCUGUUAAUGCCUCAAUAAGUAACCAUCACAAUAAUCUGUCCAUGGCAAGAACAACUCACAUGUAUUGUCUUUAUCAACAUUAUAGCCUGACCAAUGUGUCACAUGUAUUUAACAUUCAUAUUCUUGAAACACGAGUUUGUAGUUAAAUUUUUAAAGAUUAAGGGCGGGUCUAAUUGCACCUUUUAGGCCACACCCUCCAGCUACACCUGUAUUAAAUGCAUCAUUGCUCUACUUGGCUACCGUGUUGCAAGUUUAGUGACUCUACAAGUAUUUUAAGGCCUUUAAAAUACUACUUUGCAGCCAGCAUAUGGUACACACUUAUAUUCUCUUUUUGGGGGGGAGGUCUUAGGAUGUAGCAGAAGAGUUUUGAGGAAAAUUCACCAAACCAGAUGGGAUUUAACAUGGGUAUGUGAAGGCAGUAGCUUGUUGUUGUCAGAGAGGUGCUGUGAUAUUUAAAAAACGUCAAUAAUGGAUGUGUUCACUGUGGGACUCAUCGUUAACACACGGUCUUAAUAAAUAAUAAUACAACAACAACAAUAACUAUAAUAAUAACAACAAUAUUGAUGUUUAUUUAUAAUGCAAUUAUCAAAGCAGAUGUUACAAAGUGUUUUAGAAAUAAAGCUCAUCGUAUGGGAAAAAAAACAGUAAGACAUGCUGAUAAAAAGAUGAUAAAACCUAAAACAAAAGCUGAAUGAAAUAUAAGAGGAAGUACAAAACAAUAAACAGGAUAAAAAAAAUAUGAGAAAUCAAAAAUAAAACAGUGUAUCAUGAAACAAAAAAGCACCAUGAAUAGAAUGCAAAAAUGUACAAAAAGCCUUUUUUACAAAAAUAUGUUUUAGAGUUAUUUAAAAAAAAAAAAGACAUUGACGUGACUUGUCUGAGGUUACUCUUUAGUUUUCAAGUUUGAGGCGUGAAAAUUUAAGAGGUUUCUGCCUGAGGAUCUGAGGUUGUUUACAUGGUGGUACGGUGUCUACUUUUAAUUUUAAGAAGUUUGCUGCCACCUAGUUUUCAAUAUCAGUAUUUCAAUACCUUACAGUUAGUCAGGAUUUAGAGAUCUGGGGUGUUGCUUGAUUAUGCAGAUAAAGCUGUGUGUCAUGAGCGUAGCAUGAAAAUAAAAUGUUGUGUCUCUAUUAUGUAGCUAAGCAACAGCAUAAAAAUGAAGAAUUAAAUUAGUCUCAAUAAUGACCCCUGAGGUGCCCCACAAUUUCUUAACCUUAGAACACUAUCACUGGUUGAUUUCCACCCGACCAAACAUGUUUACGUGAUUAAUAUUAUGUUGCAUUUUUCUCAGUAUCAUGGGUCUCUGGUUAGCUUCAGCAUUGCCUUUGACAUCUUUGAAGGCAUAUUUGUUUCCCUGAUCCAAAACCUACUUUUUUCCCUACAGGGACGUGUUCACAGGAUGAUUUCCACCCGGCAAUAGUGAUAGAGGGUAAAGUAGGUUUGGGUGGAUUUGAUAGCUGCAUGUAGGUGAAUAAGGUCAGGAAGAGCGGUCCUGGAAUUUGCUAUCUUUAUUUAGCGCAGUGGUUAUGAAAAAACUAUCACAAAGUACUGAUUUCCAAGGGAAUUCAAAUGGUGAUAAGAAAUAUUUGAGUCAUUUUGACUCACUCCAAAUCUGCCAUAUUUUGGUUCUCUAUCCUGCUGUUAUUGUGCCGAGGACCCUGAGUCUUCACCGGGGAAGACUCACAUGUCUCAGGAAUAGGUGGAAAAGAAAAUAAGUUUACAGUUUCUGUAUAUAUGAUUUAAUUAUUUAUUGGUCCCCUCAUGGCACUUUUUCCCCUGCCUUUGGACAUUGCACAGUUAAAAAUAAAAGAAAACUACUUUAAUUUGUCAUGUAUUCUCCUAUUUUGAUAUAUUUUGAUGACAAGUACUUUUUCUUGGGUAUAUUAUUUCGGGUAUAGUAUAGUGUAGUGAUAUAGUGAUGGUGUUACUAAUUUUAGCGAUAGUGUUCUAGAGUUAAGGGUCAAGUGUAAAAGAGCUACUUACAACUUACUCUGAAAUGUUACCAGGCAUCCUUUAAAAAUGCUCUUUCUGUAAAUUGUGUGGCACGUGAAGAGUUUUACCUUAUCUGAACCCAUCAGUUUCACUGGUUUGUGAUCAAAAUCUGCUUUGUUGUUUUUCAGAUGCAAGGAGGAGUUUCGCUGAUAUCUUUGAGUGCAAGCAGAAGAUGAUUGUGAUCUGUUCCGGUCUGGCCAUCCUGCUGUGUGCCAUCAUCAGCGUUCACAUCAUAGUGAAGGUCAAGAAGAGGAAAUAA